AGCCUCUCUGCUGAAGUCCUCACAGACCUUUCCACUUUGGUGAUGUGUGCUUCAAGGCCGUUUUUUCCUUUUUUUCCCUUUUUUUUUUUUGACUGAAGCUCAUCUUCGCACACCGUCGCAGCCAGGCUUGAAGAGGCUUGAACCCUGCUCCCAGCUCCUUGCUGGUGCUCCGGGAUUGCGUGUGUGCCUGUGAGCCCUUGCACGCAUUGCCCGUGUGGAGGGCGCUCUGAUUCGGWGCGGGUUGAAGUUGGGCUGAAUUAUGGGUGCUGCAGAGGCUGGGGGCCACCCGUGACCCUUCUGGGAGCUGGAGGAGCCCGAGCGGAUUGUCCGGCGCGGCUCCGGCUUGUGGCCGGUGCCCUCGCAGGAAAGCUAAACCACCCGGACACCCGAGCGAGGCGGACACGGCUUCUCUGGAGCUGCUGCCUCCAGCACCAAAAUGGCUCACGCAGCCGCUUCCAUUAAAAAAGUUCGGGAGUCGGAACUUGAAGAGAGGGAGAGAAACCUUGAGAAGGAGAGAAAAAGGCAGCGGAAAAUCUCUAGGGCAGAUCGGAAACGCAAGUCUGACAGCAAUGCAAGCUUCCUCCGAGCUGCAAGAGCUGGCAACCUGGACAAAGUAGUGGAAUACCUGAAAAGUGGCAUAGACAUUAACACAUGUAAUCAGAAUGGACUCAAUGCUCUGCACCUGGCUGCUAAAGAAGGGCAUGUGGGACUUGUACAAGAAUUAUUGGAAAGAGGGUCAGCUGUGGAUUCUGCCACUAAGAAGGGGAAUACAGCCCUGCACAUUGCGUCCUUAGCGGGACAGGCUGAAGUUGUCAAAGUUCUGGUUAAGGAAGGAGCCAAUAUCAAUGCACAAUCUCAGAAUGGCUUCACUCCUUUAUAUAUGGCAGCUCAAGAGAAUCAUAUUGAAGUGGUGAAAUAUCUCCUGGAAAAUGGAGCCAACCAAAGCACUGCUACUGAGGACGGCUUCACCCCGUUAGCUGUUGCGCUGCAGCAAGGACACAACCAGGCAGUGGCCAUCCUGCUGGAAAACGACACCAAGGGCAAAGUGAGGCUGCCAGCUCUGCACAUUGCCGCCAGAAAAGAUGACACCAAAUCAGCAGCCCUGCUUCUUCAGAACGACCACAACGCUGAUGUACAUUCCAAGAUGAUGGUGAAUAGGACGACUGAGAGUGGCUUCACACCUUUGCACAUAGCUGCACACUAUGGGAACGUCAAUGUGGCAACGCUGCUGCUAAACCGAGGAGCUGCAGUUGAUUUCACRGCCAGGAAUGGAAUCACCCCACUGCAUGUGGCUUCCAAAAGGGGAAACACAAACAUGGUGAAGCUCUUGUUGGAUCGCGGAGGGCAGAUCGAUGCCAAAACCAGGGAUGGACUCACACCACUCCACUGUGCUGCAAGAAGUGGACAUGACCAAGUUGUGGAGCUGCUUCUGGAACGAGGUGCCCCACUGCUUGCGAGGACCAAGAAUGGACUCUCUCCGCUCCACAUGGCGGCCCAGGGGGACCACGUGGAGUGUGUCAAGCAUCUCCUGCAGCACAAGGCUCCGGUCGACGACGUCACGCUGGAUUACCUGACCGCCCUGCACGUGGCCGCGCACUGCGGCCACUACCGUGUCACCAAGCUCCUCCUGGACAAGAGAGCAAAUCCCAAUGCCCGGGCCCUGAAUGGUUUUACUCCACUGCACAUUGCCUGCAAGAAAAAUCGCAUCAAAGUCAUGGAACUCCUGGUGAAAUAUGGGGCUUCAAUCCAGGCUAUAACAGAGUCGGGCCUCACACCAAUACACGUGGCUGCAUUUAUGGGCCACUUGAACAUAGUCCUCCUCCUGCUGCAGAACGGAGCCUCUCCCGAUGUCACUAACAUUCGUGGAGAAACCGCACUUCAUAUGGCUGCCCGUGCUGGGCAGGUGGAAGUGGUUCGCUGUCUCCUGAGAAAUGGGGCGCUGGUGGACGCCCGAGCUAGGGAAGAACAGACUCCGCUGCACAUUGCCUCUCGCCUGGGUAAAACGGAGAUCGUCCAACUUCUGCUGCAGCACAUGGCGCACCCCGACGCGGCCACGACCAACGGGUACACCCCCCUGCACAUCUCUGCCCGGGAGGGCCAGGUGGACGUCGCCUCGGUGCUCCUGGAGGCAGGCGCCUCGCACUCCAUGUCCACCAAAAAGGGAUUCACGCCUUUGCACGUGGCAGCCAAAUACGGGAGCCUGGAGGUGGCGAAGCUGCUCCUGCAACGCCGAGCGUCUCCCGACGCGGCUGGCAAGAACGGCCUCGCCCCGCUCCACGUGGCGACGCACUACGACAACCAGAAGGUGGCGCUGCUGCUGCUCGAGAGGGGCGCCUCCCCGCACGUCACCGCCAAGAAUGGAUACACCCCUCUGCACAUCGCUGCCAAGAAAAAUCAGAUGCAGAUAGCUACCACUCUGUUGAACUAUGGGGCCGAGACCAACAUUUUGACUAAACAGGGUGUGACCCCGCUUCAUUUGGCCUCCCAAGAAGGUCAUGCAGACAUGGUGAACUUGCUUUUGGAGAAAGGAUCUAAUAUUCACGUGGCAACAAAGACUGGACUGACAUCUUUACACCUUGCAGCUCAAGGGGAUAAAGUAAAUGUAGCUGAAAUACUGACAAAACAUGGUGCCAACCAGGAUGCUCAGACAAAGCUGGGCUAUACACCUUUAAUUGUGGCAUGUCACUACGGAAACAUCAAAAUGGUGAAUUUCCUUCUCAAGCAGGGAGCGAAUGUUAAUGCUAAAACAAAGAAUGGAUACACCCCUCUGCACCAAGCUGCUCAGCAAGGCCACACUCACAUCAUCAAUGUUCUUCUCCAACAUGGGGCCAAGCCCAAUGCUAUCACCUCUAAUGGCAACACUGCCUUAGCUAUUGCAAGGCGUCUGGGCUACAUCUCAGUGGUCGACACGCUGAAGGUUGUAACGGAGGAGAUUACCACCACCACAACUACCAUAACAGAAAAGCACAAGCUAAAUGUACCUGAAACAAUGACUGAAGUCUUAGAUGUUUCAGAUGAGGAAGGUGAUGACACCAUGACAGGAGAUGGAGGAGAGUACCUUAGGCCAGAAGACCUCAAAGAACUAGGAGAUGACUCUUUGCCAAGCAGCCAGUUCCUAGAUGGUAUGAACUACCUGAGGUACAGCUUGGAAGGAGGACGAUCUGACAGCACCAUGCCCAGCCUGCGGUCCUUCAGUUCCGACAGGUCCCACACGCUGAGCCAUGCCUCCUACCUGAGGGACAGUGCCAUGAUCGAUGACACGGUGGUAAUUCCCAGCCAGCAGGUAACUCUGGCCAAAGAAGCAGAAAAGAAUUCCUGUCGCUUAAGCUGGGGCCCUGAAAACUUGGAYAAUGUGGCGCUCUCUUCCAGCCCUAUUCAUUCAGGCUGCCUGUCUGCAAAAAAGGAGGCUGGAUCCAUGCUAACAAGCUGUUCCUCUCCCUGUCUUGAUCAUGACAACAGCAGCUUCCUAGUUAGUUUCAUGGUGGAUGCUCGCGGGGGUGCCAUGAGAGGCUGCCGGCACAACGGGCUGCGCAUCAUCAUUCCGCCGCGGAAAUGCACCGCUCCCACGCGAGUGACGUGCCGGCUGGUCAAGCGCCACCGGCUGGCCACCAUGCCGCCCAUGGUGGAAGGGGAAGGCUUGGCCAGCCGCCUCAUUGAAGUCGGACCUUCCGGGGCCCAGUUCCUUGGUAAACUUCAUCUGCCUACGGCUCCUCCCCCACUUAAUGAGGGAGAAAGCUUGGUCAGCCGAAUCCUUCAGCUGGGGCCUCCUGGGACCAAAUUCCUUGGGCCUGUGAUUGUGGAGAUUCCCCAUUUUGCCGCUCUGCGUGGGAAGGAGAGAGAGCUGGUGAUCCUGCGCAGUGAGAAUGGGGACAGCUGGAAGGAGCAUUUCUGUGAAUACACUGAAGAUGAACUGAAUGAAAUUCUGAAUGGGAUGGAUGAAGUGCUUGACACUCCCGAGGAGCUCGAGAGGAAGCGGAUCUGCCGCAUCAUCACCCGCGAUUUCCCGCAGUACUUUGCCGUGGUGUCCCGGAUCAAACAGGACAGCAACCUGAUUGGACCCGAGGGAGGUGUGCUGAGCAGCACUGUCGUCCCGCAAGUGCAGGCAGUCUUCCCAGAAGGGGCCCUAACGAAGCGGAUUCGUGUCGGCCUCCAGGCCCAACCUAUGCACCCUGAACUUAUAAAGAAGAUUUUAGGCAACAAGGCUACCUUCAGUCCUAUAGUCACCCUGGAACCCAGGAGAAGGAAGUUCCAUAAACCCAUCACAAUGACGAUUCCUAUUCCCAAAGCUUCCAGCGACGGGAUGGUGAACGGUUACGGCGGCGACACGCCCACUUUAAGGUUACUAUGCAGCAUAACAGGAGGAACCACUCCUGCUCAGUGGGAAGACAUCACAGGAACUACACCACUGACAUUUGUUAAUGAAUGUGUUUCCUUCACAACAAACGUGUCUGCCAGGUUUUGGCUGAUAGACUGUCGUCAGACACAAGAAUCCGUAGCUUUUGCUUCCCAAGUGUACAGAGAAAUUAUCUGCGUCCCUUAUAUGGCCAAAUUUGUCGUGUUUGCCAAAUCACACGAUCCCAUUGAAGCACGGCUACGGUGUUUCUGCAUGACAGAUGACAAGGUGGAUAAAACUCUAGAACAACAAGAAAACUUUGCUGAAGUUGCCAGAAGCAGGGAUGUAGAGGUAUUAGAGGGAAAACCCAUCUACGUUGAUUGCUUUGGCAACUUGGUGCCCCUAACGAAGAGUGGACAACAUCAUAUAUUCAGCUUUUUUGCCUUCAAAGAAAACAGACUUCCUCUCUUUGUAAAGGUACGAGACACCACUCAAGAGCCCUGUGGAAGACUGUCGUUCAUGAAGGAGCCAAAAUCUACGAGAGGCCUUGUUCAUCAAGCCAUAUGUAAUUUAAACAUCACUUUACCUGUUUACACAAAGGAAUCAGAAUCAGAUCAAGAACAGGAAGAAGAGGUUGAAAUGACUUCAGAAAAAAAUGACGAGACUGAAUCUACAGAAACAUCUGUGCUGAAAAGCCACCUGGUUAAUGACGUCCCUGUCCUAGCCAGUCCCGACCUGUUAUCUGAAGUUUCUGAGAUGAAACAGGAUUUGAUCAAAAUGACUGCCAUCUUGACCACCGACCCAUCUGAUAAAUCAGGCUCCAUUAAGGUGAAAGAGCUUGGGAAAGCCCCCGAGGAAGAGCCAGGAGAACCUUUUGAAAUAGUUGAAAGGGUAAAAGAAGAUUUAGAGAAAGUAAAUGAAAUUCUGAGAGGUGGUUCCUAUAGCAGAGAACAAGAAGUUUUGCACACAUCCUCUUCCAGGCAGGAAGUGGUACAAGAAGAUUGGGUCAUUGUCAGUGAUGAAGACAUCGCAGAGGCCAGAAGAAAUGUGCCUUUAGAAGUCAUCGAACCUCCUUGCGUAGAGGUGCGGAUUGAGAAAGGGACAAUAGAAAUGAAGAAAGAUGUGGCUGCGGCGGUAGAUUACCUCGCACAGGAUUUGAAAACCUAUGUGUGUCUUCAUGACGUGCAACCGCCAGCCUUACAAGAAGACACAGUCCAAGAGACAGUUGAGGCUGUAGUAAUAAGCAGGGAUUUUGAAAAAGAAGGGCAAGAAUCUCCCCCCACUGAAAUUCCAAGUCCACAGGAACAACAGAAACCAGUCUUAGAAAUUAAAAAGACAGUCAAGAGGAAAGUAAAAGAAAAGCAAAAGGAAGGCAAGGGGCACAGCCGCGAAGACCUGCCAGCACUAACCAAGGGCGGUUCAGAGGAGUUGCUGAGUAAGGAAGGAGGCUUAGCACCAGCAGCUGCCCCUGAGGCUACUGCUGUAUCCCCAGUCAUAGAGGAAACGCCCAUUGGMUCAAUUAAAGAUAAAGUUAAAGCCCUUCAGAAAAGAGUGGAAGAUGAACAAAAAACACGUUCCAAGCUACCUGUCCGCAUUCCAACAAAAGAAGGCGCAGCUGAAAAGACUUCCAGAAGACCUGGACCGGUUAAAAAAACAGUAACGCACAAAGCUCAAGCCCCUGUUUCACCGUCAGCUAAGACAGAAAGACUUGAAGAGACCAUGUCAGUUCGCGAACUGAUGAAAGCCUUCCAGUCAGGACAAGAUCCAUCCAAGAACGUCUCAGGACUCUUUGAGCACAAAUCUGUCAAACAAAAGCCGCAGCUCUCUGAAAAGGAACCCACACGGAGAAAAACACCUUCUUCACAGAGCGAACCGAAGCGAGCAUUAAGCCACAAGACAGACAAACAGAAAGAGAAACCAAGUGGAACACUAAAAGCAGAGAAAGAACCACUAUCCAAAAAAGGAAAAACGCAAGUUUCUCCUGUUUGCACUGACAAGCGACCUGUAAGUAAAGAGCGGGUGAAAGAGCAGGGCUGUAAAGCCAAACCCCCCCCUCCGGUAUUCGAGGAUGAAAGUUGCAAAGACACAGAGCAUGUGAAGGGCAAGGUUUCCGAGGAGCAGCCAGAUACCGACUUCCAGAUCAGUCCUGACCGAAAAACCUCCACAGACUUUUCUGAUGUCAUUAAAGAAGAGCUCGAAGAUAAUGACAAAUAUCAACAGUUCCGACACCUUUCAAUCACCGAGGAAGGAGAACUUCACUUAGAGCAAGUGCUGACCAGCCCAUUCAAUGUUGCUUUCCCAACGGAGUAUGCGAAAGACGGAUUCCUUCCUGCUCUUUCUCUGCAAAGCACUGCUUUGGAAGGGAGCUCAGAGAGCCUUAAACAUGAAGGUGUUGCAGAUUCUCCAGGGAGUCUGCUUGAUGGAACCCCUCAGAUCAGCUCUGAGGAAAGUUAUAAGCAUGAGGGACUGGCAGAAACUCCAGAAACGAGCCCUGAAAGCCUCUCCUUCUCACCCAAGAAAACUGAUGGGCAAAUUGAAGAAGCUAAGGAAACAGCUAGAGCACACACAGCAGGAGAAACAAGUUCUCUGAAGGGACUCUCCCCUAAGGAGGAUGAAAAAGGUAUUACUGAAAAACAUCUGUACGCUCUUACCGAGCCUACUAAGUCGCCUUCUGACCAUGUAUCAGAAGAGCYGGUACCUACAGCCUCUGAAGAAGAGGCUGAUAAACAUAAAGAAAGUAGCUCAGCUUCCAUUGUGAAGGAUUUUAGCAGGGAUAAGGACUCCAGAACCACUGCACAUUUAACUAAGUCUUCAGAAACACUUGACAUUGCAUUAGAGAAAGAAAAAGAUAUACCUUGUGAACGUCGUGUGGUUGUUAGAAGUCCCCAAAAAUUGGAACUUGCACUUGCUAGCCAUGAUAGUGAAAGCUUUAGCCCAGUUGCAGAUGACUCUUAUGCUGUAAGUCAUAAAGACUCACUGGAAGCAAGCCCAGUGCUAGAAGAUAAUUCAUCACACAAAACGCCUGAUUCUUUGGAGCCCAGUCCAAUGAAAGAGUCUCCCUGCCGCGAUUCUCUUGAAAGUAGCCCCGUAGAACAAAAAGUAAAAGCUGGUAUUUUGGGGCAGGGUCCUCUUCAGGCCGCUCUUAGCAAAGCGGAAACCUGCCCCGAGCUGGCACAGGUUCGUUCCCGGAUUCUCCGAGACCCCGAGGGAAGUGCCGAUGAUGACAGUCUAGAGCAAACGUCCCUCAUGGAAAGUUCAGGCAAAAGUCCUCUUUCACCUGAAACGCCUAGUUCUGAAGAAAUUAGCUAUGAAAUCACACCUAAAACAGCAGAUUCACAAGCAYUGGCAAACAUACCCAAGUCAGCCGUGAUCCCUGAAGUCAGUGAAGAAGCAGAGGAUGAUCCAGAAAGUGGGCCAAAGAAAAGAUUCACUCCAGAAGAGGAAAUGUUUAAAAUGGUCACCAAAAUCAAAAUGUUUGACCAACUAGAGCAAGAAGCAAAGCAGAAAAGAGAUUACAAAAAGGAUUGUAAGCAAGAUGAAUCUUCUUCUGUAGGUGUCGAUUCAGAAGCUGCAUAUGAGGUGGAAGAAUCAGAGUCAACAGUUCUAAGCGAGAAAACAAUAGCUACGGCAGGGAUGUCUGCUGCUGAAUCUAGACAAAGCUCUUCUACUUCACCCAGUGAGCCCGAAUUGGCUCAGCUAGAAAAAGAAGCCGACUCAGGCCUCUUAAUGGAGCCUGUGCUCCAAGUGCAACCUCCUUCACCAUCACCAUCCAGUAUUGAUUCCAGAUUUAGCCCUGAGGAAGCAGGUUUUCAACCUGUUGAUUCAAAACGAUGUUCUUUGAGGAUAGGUGAGGUUCAGGCAAAACAGGACAAGCCAGUAGAACAAUCGGGCACUUGUCAUUCCAAUGGCUGUAUAUCAGCAGGCACUGAUGAAUCAGGAUGCGAUAGCACAGMUGAGAGAGAAAGAGUUAGUCCCGAUACCCCAGUCACACAAUCUGAGGGUACUCCAAGUCAUUCCAUUGACGAUAGUUGUCAAAAACAAGUUCAUAGUGAGUCUUCACUAACACUACAGCAAUCUGAUACUCCCGGAAAAGAUGUUAACGCCGCUAGAUUGUUGAGCCACACAGACAUCCCCGAUACGUGGCCUGUGUCAGAGGAAGUAGAUGAUUGUUCUGGUGGACUCAGUCCUGCUGAGUACUCUAUGCUACGAGAUAGGAAACUGACUCAGGAUGACACCAUUGACACUUCUGCUUUAGGAAAAGCAGAUAGAGGUUUUGAAACAUCUCAGAGAGAUGCUCUGAAAGAGGAGUCCUUAUCAGAGCAUUCAUCCCUUGCCACAAAGACAGUGGAACAUGAAAGUUGUGUAGUAGAUGCUGCUCUAAGUAGUGCUUCUCAUUUAGUAAGCCCUUAUGACAAUGUCUCCUCUGAACAUUUCCUUAUUGCCUCUGACAACCAGAUAGGGUGUGACAGAAGUCUGCUCUCCAGGGAAGACUGUCCUCUGGAGGGAGAAAGAGAGCACACCGGUGAAGCCGCSCUCAGCACAGGCACGGGCAGUAAAAGCCAUUCUUCAGAGGAAGCAUGUAUGGCAAGAGAGGCAAACCAAGGAGAUGUGUUUCAGAAAGUGUCACUACCGUCCUUAGCAUCAGGUUCCACUAGCUUAGACAAAUCCUCCCCUGAGGAUUUAAGAACCGAAACAGAAAGUUUGAUUAGUCAGGUUGUCAUCACCAAAACCGAUGUGGAUUCUGACACGUGGAGCGAAAUACGAGAAGAUGACGAAGCUUUUGAGGCUCGGGUGAAAGAAGAAGAACAAAAGAUAUUUGGAUUGAUGGUAGACAGGCGAUCGCAAGGCACAACGCCUGACAGCACACCGGCCAGAACACCCACAGAGGAAGGGACACCCAUUAGCGAACAGAAUCCUUUUCUUUUCCAGGAAGGAAAGCUCUUCGAAAUGACUCGAAGCGGAGCCAUUGAUAUGACCAAAAGGAACUAUUCAGAUGAAAGCUUUCACUUCUUCCAAAUGGGGCAGGAGCCUCAGGAAGAAGUUUCUUUAGCUGAGGAAAUCAAAGAAGCAGCAGAGGUGGAAUCUAAGAYAGAGACUUUUCCAGAUCCAUUUUCACCUUCAGAAGUAGAGGACUCUGAUAUUCUGGAAAAAGRUGCACUGGAGCAUUCACCCCUAGCAUCCGAGUUCAGUGACAGUUCAGAAGAAAUGACUAGUGUAAGCAUCAGCAUAGGUACCACAAAAGCAGAGCUUAAAUCCAGAAUUCCAAUUAAAAUGGGUAUUUCAGCCUCUUCAAAAUCUCCCAAGAAAGAGACUGCUGCCUCUGAGGCUGAGCCCCUCUCCGGUACGGAGACCGAUAACGCCGAUAGCAGUCCGGUGCCUUGCCCCACCUCUCCUGAGCAGUCUGUAGUGGAAGGUGAGCUAGAUUUUUCCAAAGCCACUAGAUUUGUUCGUUCUGAACAGGAUGAGGAGUCCCCUGACUCUUCACCAGAGGAAGAGAGAACCGUGAUUGAAAUCCCUACUGCUCUUAUGGAGAGAGUGCCUUCUUGUGAAAGCAAAUCCAAAAUUCCUGUAAGAACCGCCAUGGUAUCACAGUCACCGCAACAAUCAGAAACUGAGAGCCUAGUCACGGACGACUGCCUAGACGGGCUGCAGUGCGAAGCAAAGGAUGACCAAGCAAAACCAAAGUCUAAAAUUCCAGUCAAAACAGCUUUCCAAAGAACYGAACAGCAAUAUGCACACACAGACACAUCCAUCCACAAACUAGAGUCACCCAAAGCUCUUGAUAUGGCCAGCAAGCUACCUACAAAACAGGAUAACCGGAGUAAAUCCGAGUCCGAUGCGAGUAUUCCCACGGACCCAAAGACCAAGCGUUCAGUAAAAGCUAGGAGUUAUGCAGAGGCAGAAGCAGAGACCAGGGAGAGGGAGCGAGAGAUGACGCUCGAGCUAGACUCAGAGGAGGCAACAACAGCAAGACCUAAACUAUUUUCAUCACGRUUGCCGGUUAAAAGCAGGAGCGCUACAGCUUCCCGCAGUGCUUCUAGUCCCACAAAAGAAAGUAAGGAAUAUUUUUUUGACCUUUACAAAAACUCCAUAGAAUUCUUCGAAGAAAUUAGUGAUGAAGCUACUAAGUUAGUGGAAAGACUCACRCAGUCAGAGAGAGAGCAAGAAUUAGUCUCAGAUGAUGAAAGCAGUAGUGCCCUAGAAGUUUCAGUUAUUGAACCUAUGCCAUCCAGUGAGACCCAGCAGUCAGUUCCCGAAGACAUCUUUGACACCAGACCUAUUUGGGAUGAGUCUGUAGAGACUCAGAUUGAACGUAUCCCUGAUGAAAAUGUCCAUGACCGUGCUGAAGAUCAACAGAAUGAUCAGGAAAGAACAGAGGAAAGACUGGCCCAUAUUGCUGAUCAUCUGGGAUUCAGCUGGACAGAGUUAGCAAGAGAGCUGGAUUUCACCGAAGAGCAAAUUCACCAGAUCCGAAUUGAAAAUCCUAAUUCGCUUCAAGACCAGAGCCAUGCACUCCUGAAAUACUGGCUUGAAAGGGAUGGGAAACAUGCAACAGAUACAAGUCUUACCCAGUGUCUUACAAAAAUCAACCGAAUGGACAUCGUUCAUCUCAUGGAGACCAGCGGCAUAGACUCCACGCAGGGCCACGGCGCUCGCACGUACGCGGAAAUGGAACAGACGCUAGGGCUGGACCACAGCGAAGGGUUUUCUGCAUUGCAAGAAGAAGUGUACAGCACAAGGAAUAAGAAAGAGCACCACCUACUGUCUAAAGACAGUGACCCAUCUGAACACCCUCCCAUCGUCUCCGAGGAAGAUGUCUCGGUCAGUUAUUCCCCUUUUCAGGACAGCACUCCCAGGAGCGAGGCAGAGCUCUCAAUGGCCGAGCUCCUGAGACAAGCACAUAAGGAACAAGUACAAGCUGAAUUCUCAGGGAAACCCCAAAGCGUGUCAGAAAAGCCAUCUGCUGCUUCCCAACAGGAAUAUUGUGUCACAGCUGCAGGAACAGAGCAGACCACAGCAGCACCCCCUGGAAAGGCAGCAGGAAGUGCAAGCAAAGAAUCCAAAGGUGUCAGCGCGGCYGAGCGUGGAGCACCAUCGCCAGGGCCCCUGCCGGCUGCUCGGCGAGGUGACUCUCCCAUCGUCCAAGAGCCUGACGACCUCCCGCUGCACCAGGAUGACCUCUCGCCCAGGAGAACUAGUCUAGUGAUAGUGGAGUCAAGUGAUGAACAGCCAGAAAAGAUUGGAAGUGGUUAUGAAGAGGACUCUUUAGAGAAGGCUGAUAGUAUGCCUGAAAUUCCACCAGAAUCAGUCACAGAAGAGCAAUAUACAGAUGAAUAUGGCCACAUAGUGGUAAAGAAGGUCACAAGAAAGAUCAUCCGCAGAUACGUUUCUGCGGAUGGCACCGAAAGAGAAGAAGUCACAGUGCAGGGAACGCCACAACAGUUGCCUGUUCAAGUUGAAGAAGGAGAUAGYUAUUCCAAAGUUGUAAAACGGGUUGUGCUGAAGAGUGGCAGUGAACAAUCUGAGGUGACGUUGUCUGAACCUGCCAUUUUGUCUAGUGCCUCCAACUUCCAAUCUGAACCAGUAGAAGGCCGCAAGGUCAGCAAAGUGAUAAAGACCACUGUAGUGCAAGGAGAGAGAAUGGAGAAACACCUGGGGGAUGCGAGCUUAGCUACUGAUCUUCCAUCAGCCAAAGAGGACUUUGAAGAGGACAACACUGAAUAAAGCCAGUACCCAGAAGAGGACCGUGAUGAAGGACCAGUAUGGAAAACACAUUCACAUAGAAGAGGUGGAAGGCACACCAGAAGCACUACCACAGGAUGACCUCCAAUAUGACCUCCAGCAGCUUCUUAGGCACUUCUGCAAGGAGGACUGGAAACACGAAGCCAAGUGAGAAGCUGCCACCCCUCAACAGCAUCACGUCACCUUCCCCCCAGUACGCAGCAUUUUCCUUCCCCAGGUGUGACAUUGUUACCUACAUAAUCACCGGAAGACACUGCCAUUUCUACCCAUGCAGAUGCAGCCAAUCCAUUUUGCCCCUGCCCCCAUAUAUGAUUUGGGGGGUUUGUUAUUUUUGUACCCUGUAAGCUAAUUUGUGACCAAAGAUAGCAUCCUUCAUUUGGGGUGGUUUAUCCACCAAAUUGUUGUCCUUAUGCUGUACUGGAAAUUUAUCAGCACCACCACUUUUCCUGUUCCUUUGCUUCUGCACUAGCCUCACGAAGCUGCAUUUGUCAACCCAACUUCAUCAACCGGCCUCUUCAAGUGACUAUCUAUGUACACGCGUCAUUAAAAAAAAGGAGAGAGAAAAAAAAAGGGCAAAAAAAAAAAAAAGAGCAGGGGGAUGUUAACAUGUAAACUGUAUAUAGCAAGAUUAUUUGGACCUAAAGACUGCAGAGAACACACUGCCUACGACUACAGUUAACAUAACGGAUUACCAGGUCUACCGAAACUGCUGAACACGGAUGAGAAAAAAAAAAGUUAAAAAAAUUGUUAACAUAAUCGACUGAAUACAGACCACCUGAGGAAGAAGCACUGCAGUUUUCCUGCAUCCAUAGGACUUCAAAUUUAAGGAUCUAUUAUAGUUAAAGGCUCUAAGAGUCAGGUUAAAAAACCUGGAAAUUCAGCUGUUUUCAUGAAUUAACAGCCAACUGUGGCCCACAACUUUUAAGACCUUUGGCCAGCCACCUAAAGAUUUCCAGAAAGAGGUUAAAGAAAAAAAAAUAAAGAUAAAUUAAAAUAAAUUAAGAAUACCCAGUUAGGUAACCAACUUGCUAGCAGCUAUAUCUAUGGUACAUUUGCAUACGGUAUUAAAACCUUUUAGAUCUGGACAUGUGGCAGGGUGUAUUAAACAAUUAUAACUACAGUAGUAUCCUGUUUUCAUCACUGCUUUAGCAAACCACACUGUCUUACUGAUGGUACUUCCUGCUGUCCACUGCACUGUAGAUAACUAUGGGAGAAAGAUCUACCCACUAUACAGAGAAAUACAUUAAUUCACCAUGUUUUAUCAAGAUUGCCUCUGACCCGAUACAUGCAUGUGGCAUCUGAAAGUCAAAGAACUCAACCCUUCUGUAGCCAUGUCAGCUUGUUGGCCCUCUUAGCACUGAGCGAGCAGUUUUUAUCUUCCAAUCAAGUGUUUUUUAAAGAGAAAGUUCCUCACAAUCCUUGAUAGCCAGUUUCUGUUCAUAUUUUGUUAUCUUUAUAUAUAUAUUAUAUAUAUAUUUCUAAGCCAACCCUCUGAAAACCAUAACAGCAUGUCUGCACUUUUAUUUUAAAAAAGGGAACAUAAAGAUCUGACACUUUUGGUGUUCUAUAAUCUAAAAUA